AUGAACAGAAUCUCUGCUGCCUACAAAGGCACAGGGCUUUCAACAUGGCCGAAUAGAGGAGCUAUUCAGAAAAAAUCAACUGAAAACACAGAUUCUAAUGAUAAAGAAAGUAGUGACCAAUCUGCCACCCAACACAGAAGGCAGAUGGACCUACUGGAUAAUGAAGAAGCUUUCUACCAAUUUGUAAAUAACUUGAGUGAAGAAGAUUAUAGACAUAUGGGAGACAAUAAUUUGCUAGGCACCCUUGGUGAAAGUACUGAGGAAGAGUUGUUGAGAAGACUACAACAGAUGAAAGAGGUUCUACCACCACAAAACUCAAACGGAAAUAGAUCAGGGGGAGAUUCUUCAGAUGAUGUGUCUGAUAGCAACUCCAUAAUAGACUGGGCUAAUUCUGCCAGACACACUAGAAAUAGGACAAGAAGUAGUCCAAGAAGAGACCGAGCUCGGAGAGAAGUGAGCCAGAGUGAUCCAUACAACGGUGAUUUCAGGUUCACUUUAGAGAUAAAUGUUAACCAAAAUAAUAGGAGCCAUAACCUGGAGAAUGAAAAUGAAUCAUCUUCAAGACAUUCUAGAGGAGAAAUUACAGGAAACAACAGCCAAAGGCAAGUGGAAAAUCCACCAUCUGAUUCAGGGCCAUCUAGGUCACGAAGAAAUUCAACUGAAAUAUUCACAGUAACUACCAGAAGCCAAAGGAAGGCAAAAAGCAGCACAGACCACCCGACAAGAGCCAGAGCUGAAAGGAGAAGGUCAACUCUGCAUCCAACAAGGGAAAUUUCAAGAAGAUUUCAUCACAGUCUUUCAUCUCAAGUUUUUGUGCAUGUAGAUGACAUAGAGGGACGUUCCAGAAGCCGGCGCCAGGUGACAUUGAGACAACAAGGAAUUGGGCUUAUGUUGCCCAAUAGAGGUCUUUUUGCAGCUUCUGGAAGGAGAUAUGCCCCUCAAGGAGCAAGCUCUUCAGACACAGCCAGCAGUGGGGAAUCCACAAGAUCGGGGUAGAGACCUCCAAACAUAGUCUUUGGUCCUCCUGUCAGAAGAGAUCAUGUCGGAGCACGUCAACAGAGAAAUAGCGUAGCCAGCAGAAUUCGGUUGAGGUCUCAGACUCCAAAUAACACUGUUAUUUAUGAAAAUGAACUUUUUAGACCUGUAUUUUCACAUUCUGGGCGGGCAGAUGUGAGAUCCUAUAUUGGUACAAUGAGAUUUCCCGUUUGCCGAAUCUUAAAUACUGGCUUAAGUGAGAACAAUAUGUCUGAUGCAAUUCAGACUAUGUUAAGGCAGAUUAUGAGAAGUUACGGUGAGCUAAACUACUUUAAUUACAGUGAUAGCCAUUCAGAACCUAGUGCUUCCAUCUCAAGUGGAGUUAUGGGAAGGUUAGAGUCACAGAAUGGAAGAGGGACUUCUCGUGGUGGUAGCAGCUCUGGGUCCAGUUCAAGUUCCAUUUCGAGUUUCAGUUUGAGUUCCAGUCUCACUUCCAGCUCCAGCUGUGAAAGUACAGAAACUAAUUCAGAGUUGUCUGAAGGCAGUAAUGAAGAAGGUUCAUCAAGUGCCAGGCGAGAGGGUCGAAGUAGAGCCUCGGUCACAUUUGAUGAAAGUGGCUCUUUACCCUUCCUUAGUCUGGCUCAGUUUUUCCUCUUAAAUGACGAUGAUGAUGACCAACAGAGUGGACUCACCAAAGAACAAAUCGACAGCUUGGCCAUGAGAAGUUCUGGUGAAAAUGAUGAAUUAAAAACCUGUAGUGUUUGUAUUAGAGAAUAUACAGAAGGCGACAAACUUCGGCAACUACCUUGUUCCCACGAAUACCAUGCCCACUGCAUUGAUCAUUGGUUAUCUGAGAAUUCAACCUGUCCUAUUUGUCGCAGAACAGUCUUAACUUCUGGUAACAGGGAAAAUGUGUAAUUAACUGAACUCUCAGCUAUGUAUCUGGUGUAGUGAUGGGCAAACAGGAAUUACUUGCUCUGUGUUCAUGUUUUGAGUGGUAAUUAAGUGUAAAGA